AUGAACCAUUUCAGAUCAGAAUUUGUCGACACUACUGUCGAAGAAAAAAGAUUGGCUCAAGAAAGAAACCAUGAGAAGUACUGGUAUAAAUGGGGUCCUUAUUUAAGUGAAAGAAGUUGGGCUACUGUUCGUGAAGAUUACUCUCACGAUGGUGACGCUUGGAACAACUUCCCAUUUGAUCACGCUAAUGCUAGAGUCUUUAGAUGGGGUGAAGAUGGUCUAUUUGGUGUCUCAGAUAACAGACAAUUGGUCUGUAUGAACGUUGCCCUGUGGAAUGGUAAGGAUAGUCGUUUGAAGGAAAGAUUAUUCGGUUUGACUGGUCAUCAAGGUAACCAUGGUGAAGAUGUCAAGGAGUUGUACUAUUAUUUGGAUAACACUCCUUCCCAUGCUUACAUGAAGUCUUUGUAUAAGUACCCUUUCAAGAAGGCAUUCCCUUACGAACAAUUGGUUGAAGAAAACGCUAAACGUGGUUACCAAGAUAAGGAAUUCGAGGUUUAUGAAGUCGAUGGUCUUUUCAAGGACUCCCAAGAUGGAAACGACAACAAGUACUUCGAUGUCUACUUUGAAAUGGCCAAAGGUGAUGAUAACCCUGAUGAUUUGAAUUUCAGAGUCACCGUCUACAACAGAAGUGAAAAGGACUCCGGUGAACUUUAUGUCAUGCCACAAGUUUUCUUUAGAAACACCUGGGCUUGGAAUAAAAAGAAGAACUCUUUCAAGAAGCCUUCCUUAAAGAGAGAUCCUAAGGCCACUAACUUGGUUCAUGUCAACCAUGAAAAGUAUCCAGACCGUCAAAUCCUGUUCCAACCUUCUCCAGGUGGAUUCGGAGAUGAAUCUGAUGCAGAUGCUACCAAGGCUCCUGAUGUCGAACCACAAUUGUUAUUCACUGAGAAUGAAUCCAAUUUAGUUAAAUUGUUCAACGACAAGAAGAACCCUGCUGAUUACUGUAAGGAUGCUUUUGAAGAAUAUAUUGUCAAAGGUAACAAAGAAAACACUGUUAACCCAAACAACGAAGGUACUAAGGCAGGUGCUGUAUACCAUUUCAAGAACAUUCCACCAGGUGAAUAUGUCACCGUCAGAUAUAAGUUCACCAAUGAACAUAAAAAGGAAUUCUUCCACAUUGAAGACUUGGCUGUCAUUGAUGAAGAUGAGUUUGAUACUAUCUUCGAAAACCGUGAAGAAGAAGCUGAUAACUUUUACUGGAGAAUUACACCACUUCCAAUUAAUGAAGAAUUAAGAAAAGUUCAAAGACAAGCUUUUGCUGGUCUGUUGUGGACUAAACAAUUCUAUAACUUGACGUAUGACGCCUGGUAUAAUGGUGAUCCAAACGUUUUGCCAAGACCUCCAAGGGACAGAGCCAAUGGUAGAAAUAAGAAUUGGAAACAUAUGUACAUUGAGGAUAUUUUGUCCAUGCCAGACAAAUGGGAAUAUCCAUUCUUUGCUUCUUGGGAUUCAGCUUUCCACUGUAUUCCAUUAGCUAUGGUUGAUCCAGAAUUUGCUAAGAAGCAAUUAGAUUUAUUAACAAGAGAGUGGUAUAUGCAUCCAAAUGGUCAAAUUCCAGCUUAUGAGUGGAAUUUCAAUGAUGUCAACCCUCCAGUUCAUGCUUGGGCUACUUAUCGUGUUUUCAAGAUUGAAAGAAACUUAUACAACCGUGAGGACCGUAAGUUCUUAGAACGUGUCUUCCAAAAGUUGUUGUUGAACUUUACUUGGUGGGUUAACCGUAAGGAUCAAGGUGGUAACAAUGUCUUUGAAGGUGGUUUCUUAGGUUUAGAUAACAUUGGUAUCUUUAACAGAUCCGAACCAUUACCAACUGGUGGUGUUUUGGAACAAGCUGAUUCAACUGGUUGGAUGGCUUUCUUCUCUUUGCAAAUGUUGAACAUUGCUUUGGAAUUAGCCAAAGAUAAUCCAGCUUAUGAAGAUAUUGCCUCGAAGUUCUUCGAACAUUUCGUUCUUAUUAGUGAUUCUAUGUCUUAUGAAUAUAAGAUUGAAUUGAACGGUUCAAGUUGUAAAGAAGUCAUCAAAGCUAACUUAUGGAAUGAAGAAGAUCAAUUCUAUUAUGAUGCUAUCUCUUGGGGUGAUGGUAACAAACAACAGUUGCCAAUUAGAUCUUUAGUCGGUUUGAUUCCAUUGUAUGCUUCAAUGACCUUAGAACCUCACUUAUUGACACAAUUCCCAGGUUUCAAGAAGAGAGUCGAUUGGUUCAUUAAUAACAGACCAGAGAUUUUUGACAGAAACAUUGCUUCUAUGACCAAGAGAGGUGUUGGUGAAAGAAUGUUGUUAUCAUUGGUUACCAAGGACAGAUUGUUGUCAAUUUUGAGACGUUUGUUAGAUGAGACCGAAUUCUUGUCUGAAUAUGGUAUUAGAUCCAUGUCUAAAUACCACGAAGAAAAUCCAUUCAGAAUGGACGUCCAUGGUCAAGAGUAUGUCGUUAAGUACUUACCAGGUGAAUCCGACUCUGGUAUGUUUGGUGGUAACUCCAAUUGGAGAGGUCCAAUUUGGUUCCCAACAUCUUUCUUAAUUGUUGAAUCCUUGCAAAGGUAUUUCUUAUACUACGGUUCCGAUUUCAAGGUUGAAUGUCCAGUUGGUUCUGGCCAAUACUUGAACUUGGCCGAGGUUGCUGAAGAAAUCUGUUGCCGUAUGAUUCGUCUGUUCAUCCCAGAUGACAAGGGUGAACGUGCUGUCAACGAAGGUCCUUACCAGGAUUUGUUAUCCAAUGAUCCUUACUUCAAGGACUUGGUUCAUUUCUAUGAAUAUUUCGACGGUGACACUGGUAGAGGUUUAGGUGCUUCUCACCAAUGUGGUUGGACCACAUUAGUUUCUAAAUGGGUUAGUGAUCACGGUCUAUCCAAAUCAAAGCACUCAUUUGGUUCUGUCUCUUCUAUCAGCACAGAAACUGAAGUUUCUGCUUCUGAAACAAGUCAAAACAAAUUCAGAAAGGGUAGACGUAAGAGUGCCAAAUCUUUGGUAAACUUCACCGCUGCUGUUCUUGAAUUGACUGAAGAAGAAAAGCAUCAACAUAGAAUUGGUGGCACCAAGACUGGUUUGACUCCAUUUACCAGUGCUGGUUCAGAAGAAGGUAUGGAAUCUCGUGGUAGCCAUAAGCACCUGUCCGUGUAUGAAGGUUGUGAUGAUGCUCACGCUUUUGAAAACAAGUUGAUUAACAAGUUGAAGGAACAAGUCCGUAACUUGACCUUUGAUGAUAAGUUGGAAAGCGGUUCAUACAAUUCUACUGCUACUGAAUUUUCCUGCCAAUAA